GUAGAGCCUCUUUUUCCGCGAGUCCGUAUUGAGAACCGUGACUGUGUGAGAAUCCAGAGCUUUCUGGAGGCUUCUCCAGCUGAAUCCUACCUGGCCGAGAGCCGGGUCGCGACGGUUCAAGGGGUGAUGUGGGUGAUGACAAUUGUUCCUCUGGUCUUUCGAGUCUUUGGGUGGGACGAAUUUAUCAUCUCCAUUGCUAUCGGCUGUCUUGUUGCAUAUGCUGCCGUCUGUCAUGUUGCCUCUAAGCCGAGACUAGGAAGACAACUCGCUGUGGUCGCUCAGCAUCCCGACAACCUCAAUCAAGUGGCUCUGUUAUGCGAUACUGGGAAAGUCUUGGUGAUUUUGGCCUUCACAUUGGGAAAGACAUCAUUCGCCGUGACAAUGUUGCGAUUCGUGGUUCACAGGUGGAUGGUUGUCCUCUUGUGGUUUGUCAUCGUGACCAUGAAUGUGGUCAAUGUCCUCGCUGUAUUGUUUGUUUUGUCCAGAGCAAAGACCCUCGACAUGUGUGGAACCCUGCGAUCCCAUCAAAUUAUUGGCCAUCUGAUGUAUCUUGUGCCACUUUUCUUCUUGACUAGCCAGGAUGUACUGACGUCGUGGUAUUUAGCGUACUACGGUGCCCAGGAUUUUGUCUUAGCUCUUCUUUCCUGGAAAAUUAUGUGGGGUCUUCAGAUGAUGAAGAAGAAGGAAAGGCUUGGCAUUGCUUUUGCAAUGAGCCUUGGUGUCUUUGGAACUUGCACCCAUUGUCUGGGGGCCGCCGUUGAAGAUGGACUGGCCAUCACUGCCGCCUCGAUCUCUGCCAUCAAGCCCUUGCUCAUAAGAGCCUUCCCUGGCUCGUCGACAGGAGAGCACUAUAACAUGAUCUCCUACCCAACGAGACCAUCGCAGCAGAAAGUUUUCGACAUCUCACAGGGUGAGACGCAUACUGAUAUCGGGCACACUAGCAUUCAUGACCGAGGCAGCCAAACUGCGAUUCUUGAACUCGGUCACCAACAACCAAAAUGGAAUGAGAGAAUCAGCAUGACAACGGAGGUCUCAGUGACAUAUGUCCUUUCACCAUGA